AUGUCUGACUUAAAUUUAGGUCCUGUUGAAUUACAUAAUAUUAAAACAUCAUGGUCAAAAACUAAUAAACAACAAUUUUAUAAGAAAUUAUAUCCAAAUUUAUUAGAUCAAAAUAGAUCAUUAAGACAAAUUUUCAAUAAUAAUGAAUCAAUAGUACAAGAACAUUCAAAUAUUUUUAGUGAUUUAUUUAAUUUUGUUAUAAAUAAUAUUGAAGAUAGUCAAUUAAUAGAUGAAUUUUUAUAUCAAUUUGUUAAUGAAAAUCAAAGAUUUUCAAAUUUAGCUGUUAAAUAUUUAGAAUCAAUGGGUAAUGCUUUAAUUACUACUUUUAAACAAGUUUUAAAUACUUAUUGGACAAGUGUUUUAGAAUUAGUAUGGAUUAAAGUUUAUGUUUUUAUUGCUAAUUCAAUUUUACAAUUUGAAGAAGAUAUUGUUAGUGAAACUAAUUCAAUGAAUGAUGUUGAAAUUCCUCCAUUAAAUAUUCAAAGAAAUUUAUCAUCUACAAAAUCAUCACCACAAACUUCAAUUGAGUCACCAAAAGAAUCUCCAAAGGAAUCAAUGACUCCAAAAAUGAAUUUUGAUGUUAGACAAGGUUCAAUGAAGACCAAUAAUGCUUUAUUAAAUCAAUUUAAUUCAAUUGAAAUUGAUUUAAAAUCAAAUGAUAAAUACAAAGGUUUUAGAAGAUCAAUGGAUGUUGCUUCAUCACCAAUUCAAGUUCAAAUUCCAACUAGUGAAACUUUUCAAAAAACUCAUACUACAACAACAACCAAUAUUUCAUCAAAUUUAAAAUCUUUAUUAUCAUCACCAAUGGAAGAUGAUGAAGAUUCUUAUAAUUCAAAACCAAGUUUUGAUCCAAGAAGAAAAAAUAAAAUUACAAGAUCAAGUGCUUCUUCAGUAAAUGAACAAAAACAAUUACCACAAAUUCCAUCACAAAAAGAAGAAAGUGAUUAUGAAAAUGAUGAAUUUAUAACUCCAAAACCAAGUAGAAGAGGUUCAUUUUCAGAAAAUUAUCAACCACCAACUUCAUUAUUUACAAAAUUACAAUCAAAACAACAACAAGAAAUUGCAGAAGAAGAUUCAAUUGAAGAAAUUGUUCCAACUUUUGAUCCAAGAAGAAGAAGAACUACCAACAAACACGAAAUUGAAGUUCCAUCACCAGAAUCUUCAGAAGUUGAUGAACAAGAAGAAGAAACUUUUUUCAUUCAAAAAAACACACAAGAGAUUGUACCAGAAAGAUCAUUACAAAGAGGUCCAAUAACUGGUGGUACAUUUGAUUAUCAGUCAUUUGGUUUAAAAGGUUUAGCUCCAAUUGUUGAAGAUGAUGAUAAUUCUUCAAAAUAUGAAUCUGAUGGUGAAAAUAAAUUAAUUACUAAAAAAUCUAUUUCAAGUGCAGAAGAAUCAAAUUCAAGAACAAGUUCAUUAUCAUUACAUAAUUCAGAUUAUAGAUCAUCUAUUUCUUCUGGUGUUGAUUCUAAUUCAAUGAUGCUUAGUAAAAGUGGUGGUGGUGUUCCAACUCCAAUUCAUCAUUUACAUCAACAACAACAUCAACAACAAAAUCAACAACAAAAUCAACAACAACAUUCAAGACAAAGUUCAAGUGGUUCAGAUGAUUUUCAAUUUAACGUUCCACAACAACAAAAAAAUACUCAUAAGAGAAAUAAUUCAAUGUAUUCACUUUCAAAAAGUUGUUCAGCUUCAGUUUCAUCAAUAAAUUCUAAUUCAAGAGCUUCUUUAGGGUUUAUGAGAUCUUCAUUUAUUUUGAAAAAGGAAAUUGAACAACAAGGUUAUAAUCAUCCUGAAAAUGUAUCAUUACCUUCAACGCCAAAAUUACAUAUUUCACAAUCUACUACAACAUUAAAUAAACCACCAAAACCAAUGUAUAUGCAAAAUACAAUGUCUUCUGCAUCUAUUAAAAAUUCAUUAAAAGGUCAUCAUCAUGGAGCUUAUAUGAAUUCUUCACAAUCAAUAAAUAGAUCAACUCAAUCUUUUGUAAGUGCAAAAGAAUAUAAUGAUAAUAAUACUCCAAUUCAACAACCAAAACAACAAGAAAAGAAAGGAUUUAGACAAAGAUUAUCUUCAAUUUUUUCAUUAAAAUCUUCAAAUUCAAAUUCUUCAACUACUUCAUUACAAUCUACAAAAUCAACAAAACAAUCUUUAGGUUCAUCAUUACCAAGAACUUCAAUUCCAUAUGAAGAAACAUCAAGUAUUGCUCCAUCAUCAUAUUCCUAUAAUGCAUAUAAUGCUAAACCUCCAUUAUCUAUCAAAUCAACAACAACAAAACAAUCAACAAUGUCAUCCCCAUUAUUUACAACAUCAACAAAACCAACAAUAUCAAAUUGUGCAACUAAUUUAUCAACUUCACAAAAAUCUAUAAAAAAAUCUUCAUCUUCAUUAUUUGCAACUGAUCCAUCUCAAAAUGCUCGUUAUAAAUAUAAUGGAACUUCAAUAAAUCAACAACAUGAAUGUGGAUCAGUAUAUUCAGGUGAUAGUUCAAGUUCAGGUUUCACAAUUUUUAAAAAAACCGGUAAUCCAAAAGAUAUAAAAUUUGUACCUCCUCCAACUAGACAUACUAGAAAAGGUAAUAAAUAUAAUGUUAAAAAAGUUCCAUAUAAUGUAUUUGCUUGA